UAUAUUAGCCUCACAUGAGUGUUUAUGUUGUCAAUAGGUAUCUUGGUGAUUAAAUUCUUGGCGGAUGCGCGUGCCAUUGAAAAACAACCAACAUAAAUUCUUGCUCUACACAGGAGAAUUCUUGGGCAACCAUGAUUCUGCCGGGAUGCUAUGUAAGAAAAUCAAUUUCAAAUACUCCAGUUCGGCAUAUGCUUUCCUCUUGCAAGAGUGUCUUGACAAAAAUGAUCUGGCGGAAGGCAAACGGAUUCAGGCCCACAUUAUUCAAUCUGGAUUUGAAUUCCGAGGAAAUAAACUUCUCACGUUAUAUGCUAAAUUAGGAAAUUUGGAGGACGCUCGCAGGACAUUGAAUGAAAUGAGUAAAAGAAACGAGGUUUCAUGGAAUGUGAUGGUUACUGCUUAUGCAAGGCGUGGGUGCAAUAAAGCAGCCUUAUCAUUAUUUUGUGAAAUGAAAAUGAUGGGAUUCGAACCCAACCAGAUUACCUACGCUAGCGUUCUCCCAGCCUGUGCUAACUUGGGAGAUCUUGAACUAGGCAAGGAACUACACCAUGAAAUCAUUAGAAGAGGAUUUCAGUUUGAUGUUUUCGUAGGGAAUGCACUUGUUGACAUGUAUGCAAAAUGUGGGAGUUUAGAGGAUGCACGCGAUGUAUUUGACAAAAUGACUCAACGAGAUUUGGUUUCAUGGAAUGCCAUGGUUUCGGGAUAUGCACGGAAUGGACAUGUGGAUGAGGCAUUGAAACUCUUUGAGGAGAUGCCUCGACGAAAUGUGAACUCUUGGACGUCAAUGAUUUCUGGUUUUGCUAAUCAUGGUUGCAGCGAACAGGCUUUGAAGAUGUUUUACUUAAUGAAUCAAACAGGUAUUGAAAGCAGCCAUUUUACCAUUUCUAGUGUCCUUUCGGCAUGUGCUGACUUGGCAGCUCUCGAUCAAGGUGAGCAGAUUCAUGAAGAGGUAAUUAGAAAGGGAUCUGGAGUCAAUGUCUUUGUGGGCAAUGCUCUUUUAGACAUGUAUGCAAAAUGUGGAUGCAUAGAAAAUGCUCGCAAUGUGUUUGACAGAAUGCUUCAACGAGAUGUUGUGUCAUGGAAUGCAAUAAUUGUUGGGUAUGCCAUGCAUGGCUAUGGCAAGGAGUCUCUACAACUUUUUGAAGAAAUGCAACAUUCUGGGAAAAAACCGGAUCAUGUCACCUUCAUCGGUGUUCUGAAUGCAUGCUGCCAUGCGGGCCUAGUUGAUAAGGGAUUGCGGUAUUUUCAUUGCAUGAGUCAGGAAUAUCACAUGGAACCUGAAAUUGAGCACUAUGGCUCUAUGCUUGACCUUCUUGGUCGUGCAGGACACCUGAAUAUGGCUCAAGACUUCAUCAACAAAAUGCCAAUAGAACCUGACGUUGCUGUGUGGGGAGCUUUGCUUGGAGCCUGCAGAAUUCAUAGAAAUUUGGAAAUGGGAGAAUAUGCAGCACGACAACUUCUUGAGCUGAACCCUAAAAUGGUUACACCUUAUAUAAUGCUGUCAAUGAUUUACAUGGAAGCUGGCAGGUGGGAAGAAAUUGAAAAGGUACAGGAAGUGGUUAAACAUGGGAGCAUAAAAAAGAAACCUGGAUGCAGUUGGAUUGUGGUUAACAAUCAGGUAAAUGCCUUUGUGGCAGGAGAUAAAUCUCACCUGCAAACUGAGAUAAUAUAUGCAAAAUUUGGGAAGUUGUCUGUAGAGAUGUGGGCAGCAAUGGGAUUGAAGAGAUUACUUAAUGAUCCGAACGAAGAGGCAGAGGUAAACUGUUACAAGAGAAAGACGAUCGUAACGUAAUGAGAUGACUGCAGCUACAGAUUUGUGGACCAUUCAAAUGCGUAAUGAUAUGGUCAGUGAGACUUCGCCACCAAGCUUUCAAGAUUGUCUAAGAAA